AUGAGUGAGGAACAAGAUCCAUUAUUAGCCGCCUUAAAUACUGAAGAAGGCAACAAUAAUGACGCAACUAAUGAACAAACUGUACCAGAACCGGUGAUCGAUCCAGUGGUUGAGGCACGUAACAAGGCAUUGAACCAAUUCAAGAAGAAAUUACUAGAGCAUAGACGUUAUGAUGAACAAUUAAAAAAUCGCCGCCAAAAUAUACGAGAUUUAGAAAAAUUGUAUGAUAAGACAGAAAAUGAUAUUAAAGCAUUGCAAUCAAUUGGCCAAUUGAUUGGGGAAGUCAUGAAGGAAUUAAAUGAAGAGAAGUAUAUUGUCAAAGCAUCAUCGGGCCCAAGAUAUAUUGUUGGUGUUAGAAAUUCAGUUGAUCGCUCUAGAUUGAAAAAAGGUGUCAGAGUCACACUUGAUAUUACUACAUUAACCAUCAUGAGAAUAUUGCCACGUGAAACGGAUCCCUUGGUUUAUAAUAUGACCAGUUUUGAACAAGGUGAAAUUUCAUUUAAUGGUAUCGGUGGUCUUACAGAGCAAAUUAGGGAAUUAAGAGAAGUUAUUGAGUUACCUCUAAAGAACCCUGAAAUUUUCCAAAGAGUCGGUAUCAAACCUCCUAAAGGUGUUCUAUUAUAUGGCCCACCAGGUACUGGUAAGACUUUAUUAGCUAAAGCGGUAUCAGCCACAAUUGGUGCCAAUUUCAUCUUCUCCCCAGCAUCUGGUAUUGUCGACAAAUAUAUUGGUGAAUCUGCAAGAAUCAUUAGAGAAAUGUUUGCCUACGCAAAGGAACAUGAACCUUGUAUUAUUUUUAUGGAUGAAAUUGAUGCUAUUGGUGGUAGAAGAUUUAGUGAAGGUACAUCAGCAGAUCGUGAAAUUCAGCGUACUCUAAUGGAAUUAUUGACUCAAAUGGAUGGUUUCGAUAAUUUAGGACAAACUAAAAUUAUUAUGGCAACAAAUAGACCGGAUACACUAGAUCCUGCUUUAUUGAGACCUGGUAGACUGGAUAGAAAAAUUGAAAUCCCAUUACCAAAUGAGGCUGGCAGGCUGGAAAUUUUCAAGAUUCAUACUGCAAAUGUUAAAAAGGUAGGCGAAUUCGAUUUUGAAGCUGCUGUCAAAAUGAGUGAUGGAUUCAAUGGUGCAGAUAUUCGUAACUGUGUCACGGAAGCUGGGUUUUUCGCCAUUAGAGACGAUCGUGAUCAUAUCAUCCCUGAAGAUCUAAUGAAAGCUGUAAGAAAGGUCUCAGAAGUUAAGAAAUUGGAAGGUACAUUAGAAUAUCAAAAAUUAUAG